AGAUUGGGCACGAAUGACGUCAGCAGCUUGUUUCUGACGCAAUCAUCCAAAACAAAAUGGCCGCAGAAGCAGCAGCGGAGAUUGCAGUUCCGGCGUGCAGUGGUUGUAAUACUUUAGAGAAGAAUGAAGUAAUACAAUGACUUGUCACUCACAGUAGUUGUAGUCUUUGCUCCUGGAGACUAAUGCAUUCAAAUGGUGGAUAGUAUGGUUGUAGAGAACGGUGUUGAGCCUUUAUUUGUAGUCGGCGGCAGUGAUGGAUUCCUCGCGGACAUGGUUGACAGUCCUAUGUUGUUUGGACAGGGUGACCCAGAUAUUUUCUUUCAUCGGGUUGAUUCGGAUCAAAUCAUCUACCAGCCACGGCGAAAGAGAGCUAAGCUUAUAGGAAAAUUUUUGAUGGGGGAUGCCUUGGGCGAAGGUUCCUACGGAAAAGUGAAGGAAAUGUUGGACAGCGAGAAUCUUCGUCGAUGCGCGGUGAAAAUUAUGAAACGAAGAAAACUUCGAAGGAUUCCAAACGGAGAACAGAAUGUUCAAAGGUGAAGGCUCAGAAUUGAUCCGUGUAAAAUUUGUUUCCAAGUUGAUCUCGUUGCCGUCCUGGAAAAUAAAGUUACACAGUUGUUAAAUAAUAAUGAGUUUAAUUGAGUGUGAUUAACACCAUGAAAUUUCAAGUAUUUGUCUUCUUGUCAACAGAGAAAUUCAACUGCUAAGACGUCUUCACCAUCCGAAUAUUAUAAAACUUUAUGAUGUGAUUUACGACGACAACAAACAAAAGAUGUAUCCUUUACAGAAAACAAUCACAGGAAAAAUACAUAUAACAUGAUGUAUUUGUGAUAAUAUAAUAUCCGACGAGUGUAUGCUCGCGCUUUUAUCUGCACUGUCUUAUACACAUACACAGGUUUAUUCUCAGCUUCUAUAAAAAUCAACUCAAUGAUUUGGGUGUUAUCGUGUUUCUCAAGUUAUUCUAAAUUCUGUUUCUUUAUUAGCAGUGGUUGGUUUCGAUACCUUGAAUGCUUUAACAAUGUAAAGCGGUAGAUUAUAACAAACUUAAACUAAUUGGUUUGAUAAUUGAAUUUCUUCACAUCUUCACAUGAAUAAUCUUGUUUGUUUGGCUAGCAUCAAAAUUUAUCCAUACAAAAUCACAGCUUUAUCACAUGAUUGUGGGAUUCUGAAAUAUCCUUGCUUGACUAGUUUUCACUGUAAUACCCAAUUAACCCUUAAACUCCCACAAGUGGUCAGAGUCAAACUCAACAAAAUGUCCAAAUUUCAGUUUUAAAAUGCUGAAAAGCAAAUGUAACCUCGGAAAAAUUGUGCCAAAGAGGUUUUAUUUCAAUCUUCACACCACAGGGUUUCUUCCACAGACUUAAAAAAUUAGAACAACCUUCAAACAGGCAAGUCUCCAUCAUUCACCCUGGGAUUUAAAAGGGUUAAGCCCACUUGAGGAAGGCUUAACUUUUCUGAGCUGUUUGAAGGGGUAUGCAUUGCUUAAGGAAAAAAAAGGAAAUGACUGUACUAGAAUCAGAAUACCCUUUACAAGGUUACCAGAUGCAAUUUUGUUCAAAGUUUUAUUUUCUGAUCCAAGUGGAGGUGGGCUUAAUCUUUCAUGAGUCUUAUGAGCAUGGGAUAUAUGGAAACAUUCUGUGUGUCAAACUUCUGAAAAUUAGGUGAAUUUAGUGUUGUUCAAUUAUUAGAGAGAAGUAGAACCACACCUUUUUAGAGAUUUAGAAUGCCAUGAUUCUGAGAAUGGAACAGCAAUUGUUUUUUGUUUUAUUUUUGUUUUUGUUUUUGUCCAUUUGUGUGUUUGUUUUUGAUAAUUUUCAUUUCUUUUUUGCAAUAAUUGAGCCUUUAAUUUUAACCUAAGAGCUGAGGAAAUCACCAGGGAACUGGAACAUCUUUAUCAAAACCAUGAGUUACAUACGUACACAAGAGCUUUAAAAUAGUGAAAGCAACAAUAACAACAACAACAACAACAGCUAAAACACUGCAAUGACUAUGCAUGAGAGUCGGUGGUAACAAAAAUUAGUAAUGACAUGAUUUACAUUAUUCAGACCUUAACAAGCUAAGGUACAUGAUAAUGGAAUACUGUGUGGGUGAAUUACAAGAGAUGCUGGAUAAAGUUGAGCAACAUAAGUUUCCCAUUUGGCAGGCCCAUGGGUAAGUAAUAUUUAAGGGCUGUUUACAUGGGGGAAGGAAGAUCCUAGCACCACGGAGAUGCUAGUAGGCGGAUCAUCCUAGCACCAUAUGUUUUCUGUAUUCAGUUUACGUGCAAGAAGUUGUACUUGUUCCUGGUGUUAGGAUCUCCAUAGCUGAGGGGUAGGAAGAUCCUAGCACCAAGUAAACUGCUUUUGCUAGGAAGAUCCUAGUACUAGGGACAAACCACUCAAAAAUGGUGGCAGGUUGUUCAGUGAGUAAUUUUUCAUCUUUAGUUCCUUCUCUAUUGUUAACCACACUGACAAAAAUUUCUGCAUGUAAACCCAACGAAAAGUUGUCCCACCUUCUAAGAUCGUCCUGGCACUAGGAUCUUCCUCCCUCAUUCACACCUUCUGAUAGGGUGUGAAAUAUAUUGGAACAUUAUGCAGUGUUUCCAAGAUAUUUUCUUAUGCACCAGAAAAGGUCUUCACAUGCAACACUGUCUUAUUGUCAUGAGAUUGACAGCAACAUAAUGAUUUCAGAGGCACUGCUUUCAGUGCUAAUUUAGAAUGAAGCCUAUAAUGCCAGACACCCUGAAAAUUCUUUUUUUCGAUAGAAAUGUCACUGCCACUUCCAGAUUAAAAUAUGAUGUUAUUUCUUUUCCUGUAUGGUUUAGAUAUUUUUGCCAGUUGUUAGAUGGUCUGGAGUACUUGCACUGUCAAGGAAUAGUCCACAAAGAUAUCCUUUUGCAAGUUACAUGUAAACUCUUGUUCUGAAAGAACUUCCUCCUUCAGUACAAACCAUUAUUAGUAACAUAUUGUAUUUCUAAGGCAGGCUGUUACUAAGAUUUCAACAAACCAGGUAUAACUGUAUGCAAUUUAUAGGCAAGGAAUCAAACAGCUGGGAAGUUCUUUUGGUUCUAUGAAUCCUUUUUGUUUCCUUUGAAAAAAAGCUGGGGUCAUACUCGUUAUAGACACACUGGAUGCAAAGAAAGUCAUUUCCUAUAGCCCAACCAGUGGAUUUUGCAGUUGAAUGUAUGUUCUUUACCAACUGACUUUACUAAAACUGACUUUCUUUGUAUCCCAGUCGUUAUUAUUUUUGUCUUGCUGUGACAGACCUCUACUAGCAGAGAAUCCGUUCGAUAACACUGUGUAAUAUUUGAACAACUCUACCACCAGACCCUGGUAAUUCAAACAUUGGAUAGUAGUAUUCAAUGAAUAAAUCACUAGUGAGAAUGAAACAAACCAGUGUGUUAAGGCUAUUAUUGAAUGGUCAAUGAAUUUAUCAUAUUGAAUGAAUAUUCACGAGUUCAGGUUAACUUGCUUAGUGACAUUUAGGACAAUGUCGCGCACACUAGAGAAUUAAAAUUUGGCUGGAACUGUUAUAAUUUGUAGACUUUGGUUACCUUGACAAUAUCUACAUAUCAAGCCAGGAAAUUUACUUUUAGCUACCGAUGGAACGCUAAAAAUUUCUGACUUUGGAGUUGCAGAGGUAAGUAAGCACAUUGUAAAUGAAAUGAAAUACACUGUAGUUAAGAUGCAAUUAAAAUUGUACAGAAACUUUGUCUAACGAGAUUUUGUUGACUUAGGGGUUUUAGUUUUCCAGUAGUUGAUUGGCAGGCAUCUAUUUUCCCCAUUAAUUCCUUUUAUAAGUAAUGGUAACAGGACUGAGUGGAGUCCAAUUCGGUCUGUAAUCAUACGAGUGAUUAACAAAAUCGGACGACCGCGUAGCGGGAGUCCGAUUUGUUUAAUUACGAGUAUGAUUACAGACUGAAUUGGACGACACGAAGUUCUGUUACCAAUUAAUCAUAACUUUAACAAAAUUUGUGAUACAAUAGGCUAUUUUUUAAACCAAAACACAAGAAAUUCGAAAUCCUGUUUUGCUAGCAGUGAAAAAAAAAACCAUUUAAGCGCGUGCGUGAUGGCGCGUACUGUCCAAUUACUUAGGCAUGACGCGUACUGUCCUAUUAAACUGUCCAAUUAAGGCUGAAAUCAGGGCAGUUGAGAGCCAAUCAGAUUUGACAAUUUUGUUAUAGUUAUGAUUACUGUGUUAAUAAUGCAAUAUACAGGUAAACCACUGACAGGAAUUAAAACAAAAGUCUUGAGUUUAGUUUUGCAUGGGUUGCCUGCUAGAAAAAAAAAACAUCAAGCAUAAUAUGCCUUAGUUACGUUUGACAAUACCAGGCACUGUUCUAGAAAAUGAGCUCGUACUCCUAAGACCAGGCUCGCGAGACCGCUCAAAUCGAGCCUAACAACAUAGUUAAUCUGGAGAUUAAACAGCUUUGUCAAAAGCAAAGACCGAUAACAAAUUGAUAUUAAAAAAAAUUGUGACAAUCAUUUUUUUUAAAUUUAAUCCUAAAGAGUGCCGAAAAGGUGCGUUUAUUUUGAAACAAGAAGCAUUUAGUUUUGUUUUUUAUCAUAUUUAUUGUUUGUAGAGGUUGGGUCCUUUUGCAAAAGAUGAUACGUGUAGAACAAGUCAGGGUUCUCCUGCUUUUCAACCUCCAGAGAUCGCUAAUGGUCUGGAAACAUUCUCAGGAUUCAAAGUGGAUAUCUGGGCAGCUGGAGUUACAUUGUAGGUGUCAUUAAUGCCCCAUUCACACCAAAGCAUGUUUAAAAGCUGUCUGGUUAAACACGGUUAACUAGUUUAACAAAUUAAAAUAGUUUAACAAAUUAAAAUUUGGUUAACUAGUGUACGGUUUGGUAGUUUAACAAAUUGAAAUUUGUUUUCUUGGUAAAAGCUGUACUUUUAUUGAUGGAUAGUUUAUCGUAUUUACAUAACACAAAGCCUGUGUUCUAUUUUUCUGUGACUGUUUUUCAUUUUUUUAAAUCUUAUUUUAAUUAAACAUGCUUAGUUGGUAUGAAUAGGGCAACAGUUUCAUAUCUAUGGAUAAACUGAAAAUAGUUAUUUGUUAGGGUGUUUUGUUGUCGCUGUUGUUUUUAACCUUGGAAGUGGCUAGUCUACCAAUACAGCCGUCUCUCCGGAGUCGCUCCUCGCUAGAGAGACGUCUGCUCUGAAGGACAGAAAUGCCAUACUGUUGUCUGUUGAUUGAGUAAUUUAAUGUUUACAUAAUUAAGCUGGUAGUCAUGGUGUUCGAAAUGUAAGUCUGUUCGGGUUUAUGCUUCUCCCAGUCUGUUGUCUAAGCCUUUUUUUUCUGUUGCCCUCGGAACCUUUCGUGAACUUUGCAGAGUGUUCUAUCUUGACGUUAGCCUUACAGGAGGAACUGGCUAAACCUCUUCUGGUUAAAUAACAUUGUUAUCUUUCUUUCAUUCCCUAGGUACAAUAUAACUACAGGGAAAUAUCCUUUUGAAGGAGAGAAUAUAUAUAAACUGUUUGAAAACAUCGGAAAGGGCGAGUUUACAAUUCCCGAAGGAGUAGACGAUACCUUAGCUGAUCUUUUGAGAGGUACUUCGGAAAAAAUGACUGAUAGUAUUUUUGUUUUUCUCUUUAUUAGAGACUUUUAGAUUCUAAGACGAGGGCGACCACGAGAACGAGAUUUUUUACUGAGUUAGCGACUAAGUAGUGCGGGCGCUUGCAUUGAACCAAUGUUUUUUUGGCGGGAAAAAAGUGAUAGCCGUCGUCAUUCUAUUACAGGUUUUCGCAAAAACGUCGUAGUAACCGAACCAAGUUACAAAUGUUAGAGGUUUUAUUAUGCGAUUGCGAGAGUUCUUAACCGGCCUCAUUCAAUAAAAAUUACUGUGUGAACGUUUCCUGCUGGAGAAACGUACAAUGAACCUUUCCGGGGUGAUUAUUUUUUGAGAAUAAUUGAAAAAAAAAUUAAGUCAAAAUCUCGUCUUCGUGGUCGUCCUCGUCAUCGAAUCUAAGGUCUGCGUUGUUUAUUUUAAGCGAUAGACUUAACCCAUUUUGACAUAUAACUUACAGCUGUCGGUCUUUUUGCCUUCUGUGGCGGUUUGCGGCUCUUGAUGGGCCCUUAAAUGUGAUCUACCAGGGUUGGUAUCAUGGUGAAUGUAACGGAACGGACGUACGGCAAAAUGGAAUCUGUGAGGCAGAUACCGUAAACGUAGUAUAGUCAAACCUGUAUUGAGCGGUCACCGUCUAUCAAGCAAACACUUACUAAAGUCUCGGAAAUCAUUUCUCUUAUGUAAAACUGACCUGUAAUAAGCUGUCACAGUCUGUUGAGCGUACGCGUCAAUUUGACAAGAUGUACCGUUCUCGAGCAGCAGAUACACUGUCUACUGGGUGUGUAUAGCGUGUGGUCUUUUAUUAUCCGUAUUUAUUUAUUAUUAUUAUUAUUAUUAUUAUUAUUAUUAUUAUUAUUGUUAUUAUUAUUAUUAUUAUUAUUAUUAUUAUUAUUAUUAUUAUUAUUAUAUUUUUGAGUGCAAUUAGGAGAAGAAACGUUUUGAGGCCAUUAUGUAUCUUCAUAAUGGUCAACCUUUAUUAUGGGACAGUAAGCCAUUCCCCAGGGGUGACAACUUAAUACAGGUGUGACUGUAACCUGUUAUUCAUCCUCAUAGGUAUGCUAAAUGCAAACCCAGACAACAGACUUGCAAUUCAGCAGAUACGCCGACACAGGUAAGGUUGCCUAUUGGUACACUCAGUAUUUCUUUGGUUAUUUAGGGCGUGGCGCGACACGUGAAGGAGUUAACCUUUCGACAGCUGCACACUUACUGGCGUGUCUACUCACGUUAUAUCUAUAUUAUACCGAAUGGCUUCUCGUGCCGACAUGGAAAACUACCGGGAUCAUUAUGAAGGAUAGUAGUCUUAAAUGGCAUCCAUCUCUUCGCCCUAACCCCCAACGGGCGGCAAGGCGAUUGGGGAUGGGGCGAAGAGACGGAUGUCAUUUCAGACAAGAACGAUAGGGGAAGGGUAGGUGGGCAGUUUCCCAGAAACGUAUAAUGAACCAACGAUAGCUAGCGGCACAGAACCGGAGCCAGAAAUAUUUCGUAAGUGUUGACUGUAUUGUGACCAGUCACAUUGGUUGUCUCGGCACACACGGCAUCCACAAAUGGAUGUUACUAAAACGAGGAACGGGGAACUGGAAGUUAAAAAAUAAAUAAAUAAAUAAAUAAAUAAUGAUUUGGAGGUAGCACAUCCACAAAGUGGUUCUUCGUCUACCUGAUUCCUGGUCGAAUUGGAAUUUGGAAAUGUUGGUUUUUCAGGAGAGGGGAAAACCGGAGUACCCGGAGAAAAACCUCCAGCAAACUCAACCCACAUAUGGCGUGGACGCCGGGAUUUGAACCCGGGCCACAUUGGUGGGAGGCGAGCGCUCUCACCAUUGCGCCAUCCCUUGCUUCCCUAGCCCUACUAGUAACUAUUUUUUUUUUUACCUAUUCUCUGUUUCCUUCCAAUUUUAAUCUUCCCGAUCCCCGUUUUAGUAACAUCCAGCCAAAAUUUCUCGUGAGAUAUUUAUCUCACUUCUGAUUGUGAUUUUCCUCCUUUGGACGCGUGUAAGUUCCAAGUAUGAAUUUGGUGCUUGUAAUUUUAGUCGGACACUAGCUAUGUCAUAACAAAGAUAGUGGUUUUCCACCUAAGCAAGGAAGAUAGUUUAGCACAGUGACAGUAUCAUAAAUAACAUCGAAAGGUUUUUCAUUUUUUACUCAUAGAUGGGUUUGUAAGAACCACCUUAAAACCAACGAUUUCGUUCCAAUUCCUCCGCUUGUGGAAGACGAUUUUCUCCGAAGCAUGAGUGUUGUUCCAUACCUUGAAGAUCUACAUAAUUCAAGCCCGGACGAGGAGACCCCCGAGCCACUCAGUUAUAAUGAGGAGUCCUUUUCAGCAGGUAUGAAAAUGAUUAUCACUUAAGGCUGUGUUCGCACUUGGUGGCAGGUGCCGACGUUUGAACAACCGGGUAAAGGAAAGCAAAUUCUCUCUGCCUAAUCCGAGAACUGAUUUUGUUUCAUACCAAUUUGGGGGGCCUUGUGAUAAAUCUUCCACGGAUUGUUAGAGCCAUCUUUAAACUACGAGUUGUUGUGGUGUGGUAGCUGCGAUUUGCAAAUGAGCCACUCACUCUUUCACUCACUCCCUUAUCUGUAGACAUGUUCGUAAUUAGAUUAGCCGAACGAGAGCGAAAGAUAUGAAAACGACAGUUCUCGUAGAAAGCGACUACUUACGGAAUAUGCAUCAAAAACCAUGUGCUCUCCAGACUAUUUGUGGACUAUCUUUGGUUCUUAAAUCUAGAGACCGUCCGACUUGGAAGCGAUAUAUUGUUCAUGUUACCCAAGUGCGCUGUCAUCAAAGCAAUUUAGGAGUGCAUUCAUUUACGUAACCUCAUGACACAGUUGUCACUCGCGGUCGCUGUGAUCAAAGGCCUUUCUGAGUAAGCAUCAGUACUUGGUGUUGAUUCUAUAGAUGGUGUAACGCUACGAGUAUCUUGAUUACGCAUGAGCCCUGGCACGGUUUAAAUUUCCAGGAAACAUGACAAAGGAAGAACGAUGCCGAUAAGUCGCGCUAUUUACGUGUUUUUUUUUUUUUUUUUUUUUUUUUUUGUUCUUACCUCAAACUUCCCAGUCAUUCUAGCGAGGAAUGGAUUACAGCCUGCGCCAAAAACCGCCCCAUGUAAGAGUAUCCGGACUCCGGAAUCCGAUAAAUUUUUGUUCCUUGAAUCCGGGAUCCUGGGCUUAGGAAUCCUAAGCGGGUGUCCUUAAAACGACUGCAAUUCUUCUCAGCCAAUUUCUGUUUACAGUCGAACUUUGCUUUUUAGUGAAGUGAUCUUACAUUAGCCUGCGAAAACGGCCGUUUCUCCUCGCUCCUCGCCGCUGGCGACGUUUCGCCAGGAGGAACGUCUGCGACUCAGGGUAGUAGUCAUGGGGUUCCAAAAGCAAAUGUGUUCAAUUUUGCGUUUCCCUUGGUCGAUUUUGGUAAAGUUUUGUGUUCAUCUGAAAACGAGCUCCAGCAAAACUCAAAUGCUUCUUCUAGAGAAGAAUGAAGUCCAGAAAUAUUGACUGGUUUGUUAUAGAUUCAUCGAGUUUGCAUUUGACCUUUGUAGCCUUUUGUCUUUUGUCUGUCAUUCGUAAACAAUAGCUAAAACAAUGUAACUACUCCGUCGACCAAUCAGCUCUUCUGACCGGAUUCCGGACAAAUUUUACGUCAUCAGUUAUGGAAACGGCUGUUUUCGCAGGCUAACCUUACACAGGUGUGUAGGUAGGGUACUUUGGUGAGUAAUUGUUAUAUAUAGUCAUCGUUGCAACCUAAGCAGUGUUACUUUGUUUUGGUGAUGCCCCCUUCCAUGUUUUAUUUAAUAUGUACAUUUCUUUUCUCCAGAUGACUCUAAUAAUAUCAACUCACCCUCCACUCCAAGCAGGAGAAAAUCGAUUUUAAAACGACCCAGUUUUGGAUCCUGCAAGGCCCAGUAAAAUAGAAAAAUUUAGCUUAAAUUUAAAGUGACAUAUUCAAAUACUUAAUUUAUUGUGACAAGUCAGUGUAAUGUGUAUAUUUAUAGAAUUCAGUUGGUGCCGUGUUUGCUUGUUCAACGGUUUCCCAAGAUCGCCUCUUACAUGUUCUAUCCUCUUUUCAUUGUAAAUAAGAUUAAUGAUAACCUUCAAUCCAUACCUCUGGAUUGGUGUUUGGUUCCUACCAAUUUUAUAUACGAGUAUUCAAGUGUAGCAGCAGUUUUUUUUAAUUAAAAUAUUUGAAGAUCUUAAUUGAAAGACGAAAACUAAAUGCAAGUUCAGGGAACAACCAUUCGAUUUUUGAGAGGAAAAAAAGUACCCUUCAAACAAACUUUGAACAAAAAAACUUACAUGGAGGUAAAGUAUGUAUAUUUACACCGAACGUUUAGAGUAAAAUUUUCGCAUUUGUAGACUUGAAAAAUUAUUUGUCCAAACCGAAUCACUCAACGCCUUCUCCAAGAGUCAAAUGGUUGGUCUCUUAGCCAGAACUAUUCAGAAAUAAUGACUUUACUGCGCAGGCGAACUGCUAGUAGUUACCAAGAGAAAAUGAUGGGAUAGAGGGGGAACUGCCAGUCUAACCCAGACGUAGUUAACCGAUAAACCGAUAAUCGAUAGUAAUCGAUAUCAAUCAUCGAUGAAUAGUAAUUUCCGAUAUCGAUCGAUAGAAAUCGAUAAAGAGAAAAAGUUGUGACCAUGAUAUUCCGAUAGAAUCGAUGAUGAUUCUUUUAUUAAUUGUUAUCUAUUAGUAUCGAUUCCUAUCGAUUGUUAUCGAUUUUGUUAAUCAAUAAUAAUCGUUAAAUUAUUUUUUCUGUAACUUCGAUUUCUAUCGAUUUGCGAUAUUAAUCGGCGGAUUAAAUCGAUUAAUAUCGAUGAUAUCGAUUGAUUUCCGAUAUCGAUUUUAUCGAUUAACUACGUCUGGUCUAACCCUCGGAUUAUGUGAAUUUCACAUAAUUUAUUUUUAGACCAAUUAAACACCUGGAAUUAAUCGGGAGUUGGUUUCCGAAGAGGUCCACAAAGUUUUAAGGUGAUGUUACAAGGGACGAUUCCCAACGACGAUUUUUAGCGCCACACAGCAUUGCAAUGUUGUAACCAUUCGAAACAAUGUCGCAACAGUGCUGUCAAGAGAGAACAAUGGGAGUCUGUGCUCUCUUGGUGUGUCGCCAUUACAAUAUUCUGCAUUGUUUUGCUUUCAGGCGUUCGCGCACGCGAAUUAGACUUCAGUGUAAUUAAAACCUCUAAAAAUAACUUUCACAUAUCCCGGCCAACGCCCUAAGAUUCCCUCUCUGUUCCUUUAUUCCCUCUUGUGAUUACAUGACGAUGGAAACAAAAUAAGCAACAACAGACUUAACAGAUCUUGAUGCCUUGAAGACAAAGACACUUAAGCCAUGGAAAAGUUCUGUCGUUUUUCAGUACGUUAGGACACAACCAAGAUAAUUGGGCGUUUCCCGAAUAAAGCGUGAAUCUUGACCUUAUCUAAAUUUUUAUUUCUUUCAACGGAAAAGACUGGGCAAUUUUGUUAGUUAACUAAAAUAUUCCAUCAAAAUUCCAGGCACUCUAAAUUUUAAGUAUGUGGGUGAUAUCCCAUGGUGUGACCACUCAAAUGAAACCUCUUUAGCAGUACUUUCACAUGGUACUAUUUAUUUAGUAUGUACAUGUAGUUCUCACUUUAGUAUGUAGAUCUUUCACUUGGUAAUAUUUGUGUAAUGGAAAAUGAGAUGUGGACGUUUUGUCGAAUUUUGACGUUAGCCUUGAAAUUGAGAAACCAGUCAGUGGGUGUACGUCACCAAAAGCCAUAUCUCCUAGCUUCGGUAAGGGUGUGCUCAAAUCAGUUAAUAGAAUACAAAGGGUAAAGGAUAACAUGGUGUUAAAAUAGUGGCAAGAGAAGAUCGCGGAUAUAAUAAGACUGACCAAAAAAGUAAUAAUUUAAUAAUUCUGAAGAGAAUGCUCUGGAGUUAUCACUUGGUCAUACGCAAGAGCUGUAUUCACAGACUCGGAAAAAAACUACCAUUUACAGUAUACUGAACAGUACCAAAGGAAAAUACAAUCGACUCCCGAUAAUUCGAACCCUCAAAAAAAUUAUAAAGAAAAUUAUAAAGAAAUGAAGAUUGCUUCGAGUUAGCGGGAGGUUCGAGUUACCGAGAGUCGACUGUACUGCUCAGUCGCUUUUAUUCGAGUUAUCACACUUACGGAUUUUAUCAACGGACUAGAGAGCAAGAACCACUUCGAUUCGUACAGCGUAAUUGCAAGAAAGCACUGCUCAGUGGCUUAAAUUGAAUGGUCACACCAUGGAACUGCCUAGUACAUAACUCUUAAAAUACAGAACAACCUUAUACAGCUUUUUGAACCCCAAUCUAGGCAGUAUAUAUGUCGUGAAUUGAAAAAAAAGGGGAUCAAGUAACUGCUAUUUUACAAAAAUGUUCGUGAGUGAACUUCAAGGUAUAUUUGAAAUAAAAUCAGAUUACAUGAACAUACUUCUUAUUCGUGACGCUUACGUUAUAACCAAAUACACAUGAAAUAAAGGAUUGUUUACAUACAAGGGGGAAAAUCCGACAACCAGAAAGAUUCUAGAAGGCGGAUCAACCUAGUGCAAUGUUUUAUGUGUUCAGUUUACAUGCAAAAAGUUGUACUUGUAAGGAAGAUCCUAGCAAUAUGUAAACUGCUUUGGCUAGAAAGAUCCGAGUACUAGGGACAAACCACGCAAACAUGGCGGCGGGUCGUUUAGUGGGUAAUCUUUAAUCUUUAAUUCCUUCUUUACCGUCAACCACACUACUGACCUACAUUUCUGCAUUUAGACCCAACGAAAAUUUGUUCCGCCUUUUUAGGAUCUUCCUUGUUCUAGGAUCUUACUCCCUCCAUGUAAACAGCCCCUAAACAGAAUCACAGAAACGUACUCUCCAUCACCUUUGAUUACAAUGUCGACGAAGAAUGGGUUAGGGUCCCUCCGCGUCAAACGUGCAAGACGUUUUUGUAGAGAUUUGAUUUGAUAUUAAUUUGAAACCAUGGGUAAGGAUGGCUAUUAUUAAGGGUGUGUGAAGUAUAGUUAAUGUAACCACCUUUUUAUUUUGUCUAAAACAUAAUAAUUUGCUUGUUUUCGUUGAGAAUCCCCGGUACCCGGUACCCCAGGCGUUAUGGAGAGGGUAGGAAAUUCACGAGUUGAAGUAUAUGAAAAGGUGGUAAGGUAUUUAAAAGGCUUUUAAUUACAAAGUUUCGAAGAGUCGCGCUG